AUGUCGCUGGAGAAGUUCAUUUUCCCGGCUCGAUGCGCAAUAUUCAUCUCGCAAAAUGUGAAUUCGGCACUAAUGUUUCUUUUAACGUUCACGGUGAAGUAUGUGCGACCAAGUCGUCCAUUUUGCUGUGCGAUUGUUGUAUGUGAGUUUUUUUGAUUUUUUUCGAGCGAAUAAUGUAUUAACGCUUAGUUAGUAGAAAUAAUAAGAUUGAGCGGGCCCUAGGAUAGCUUAUAACCUAUUUUGAGGUAUUUUACAUGUAAUUAUAUCAAUAAUAUCUAGAUAAAAGUUACGGAUCUUCGUUUUUUACCUCAAUUUUUGGUCCUUUAUACAGGGUGCGGCAAAAAAAUGGAAACUUAUUUUUAAAGCUCUAUUUUUCCUAGCAAUCCAAAUUCCGCAAAAGUAACGGUCACCAGCAAUAACAUAGAGCAUUGUUUAUAACAUAUUCAACCCGUUUCGCAGUGGCUGCUUUUGGUGGCGAUGUAGAGCUCCAAAAGUGACUUAAAAUUUUGGGCUUUUGGCCGCGGCUUUUUUCGAGGAAGUCGGUCCCGUUCUUGGCGCAGCGAUUACUUUGCAACUCCAAACUUUUAUGGGGUGUAGUACAGAUGCUGGUCCCCAAUUGAUAAAAAAAUAUAGUCCAUCGGAUUCAUAUCCGGCGAGCAGGCGCACAUUUCGCAGACGGGGUGGAAUCGGGAAAAUCGGUCCCAUUACUGGUCUUGACUCGCUUUUGCCAUGUGAGCCGGCGCUGAGUCUAGUUGGAACGCCAAAUUUGAGUUGCCAAGGUUCCUCUGAGCCAACAGAACCAUGAAGAAAUUGAGGUUAACGCGGCGCUAGAAUUUUGCCCUCUUGAUCCACGAAAAUCUCGGAAUUCUUGCCGCUGGCACAAAUUCCGCAUUAUGCGAUGACGGCCCGGAUUUUGACGGUGUUCGUCGUUAGCCGACGUGCAGAGGGCCUCAUCGGAUUGGAUUCUGACGUUCUGUUGGUUGUGCACCCGCCAAACAUUUCACCGCGAAGGGAAUGCGCUCCCAUCGCGGACCUGCGGCCCGACGUCUGAAUUUUCGGCAUUUUUUCAGGCGUACGGGCUUGAUCUUGCCGGUGAGGAGUUGUGCAUUUUAGACCUUGUAUGGGGAGACCUUGGGUUGAUUUUUAGCUAUUUGGCCGACUGGUCGGUCGCUGGUACCGGUCUCGCGGGCAAUUUUUUCUGGAAAUCGACGGAUUUCGUUGUUGAUGACCUCGCGGCUGGCAGAAGUGACGGCGGUGCGUUUUCUUUCACUUAAUGGACGCUUAAAAUUGUUGACAAGCUUCUUGCAUUGUGUGAUUACUUUGGGCACAACGUCGUUUCUAUAGCGGGCAAAUUAGCACUUCGAACAGCUUAAAAAACAUGUCCAAAAUUGAGGUCCCUUUCUUUGACAUUCAAAAAAAGAAUGUUAGUAAAUCGAUAUGGAUAUGAAAUUGUAACGUCCAGGAGAGAAAACUACGGAGAAUUUAAUGGUACGAAAAUAAUUGUGCUGCAUUAAAAAAUUUUUGCGUCAGGACCCAAUGAAAAAAAGUUUCCAUUUUUUUGCCGCACCCUGUAUAUUACAAUAACUUGGGAUAAAUAAAACUAAUGUUAGUAAUACAUAAAAUUAGAAAAAUUGGACAGAUUGCAAGCCUUCGCCAAGUCUCCGCCGAGCCCUUGCCGAACGUUUCAAAUUAUGUUUGCAGCUGUACAAAUGGUUUGGAUGGUUACCGUAAGGUUAUCCGGGCAUUUUUAAAGGUUCAGAAACCAUUUUUUCAAAACGAGCACCCAUACAGUUGGGGACCUGAUCCAGUGGCAAAAAACGUACAUUUUUGGAUCCGGGAAGUAUCAGAAAUGUGGCAAAAUGCUUCCCUCUCCAAGUGAAAAAAACUUCGUUUUGAAAGUUCCCACACAAAAAGAGCGGGCGCGCUUUUGAAAUCAGCGUUUUUUCACUUGGAGAGGGAAGCAGUUUGCUAUAUUUUUGAUACCUCCCGGAUGCAAAAUGGUACGUUUUUUGCCACUAGAUCAGGUCUCCCACUGUAACUUUGAAAUCGGCAUAUGAAUUCAAUAGAUUCGUGUACUUAUCUAUACCUGUGGGUUGUCAAUGCAAAAUUUAUAUCAUACUGCGUAGAGUAGUGUAGGAAAUUUGUAAUUCUAAUCGGUAAAUGUUGAAAGUGUUUAUUACACACCUCUAAUGACACAUUCCUUCAGUGCUGAACCUCAUUUCCACCUCUUUUUUCAUUGCCGCUUUUGCCAUUCUACUGCAAAUUAAAUUGGAUCAGCACGUCGAUGAUCCACCCGACGAUAUUCUUCAUUUACGCCGUUUUAUGAGCGAAGCAAACACGACCAACAUCAUCCCAAAAUCAAGCCUAUACAAGUUUGUCGGACCCUACAGCAACACGCUUAUGAAAUAUGCGGCCGCUUGGUGCGCUGCGUUCGGGUUUUUAUGCACUUUCAACGUAUCCGGCCGAAUAUUGUACUCAUGGAAUGUGAAGUUGAUAGCAAAUCAUCGAUAUUAUCUAUGA